GUAAAAUCUAUGUCAGGAAGAAGAAUCUCUGGAAAACAAAUCAAUGGCACCAUGUGAAUGCUUAUUUUGUUUAUUUAUGCGUUUGAGGGGGACGCAUCUCCUAAUUUAGAGGAACAGUUUUGCAGCUACAGGUGGAUAGUUUCCUCAGUUAGAUUUCUUUUUUAUCCAGUAACUACUAAUAGAAGUUAACUGUGACUGGGUAGCUAGCUAGCUGGCUAACAGCAGCUAACCACAGCUAGUCAAACUUUUCUACCCCGGUGUGAGAAGAUGGACUCAGAUGUUUUCACGGCCAUUUCCAAAGAUGACCCCUUACCUUUGGCUUCACUGCGCCUCUUGGUCCCACCUUUCCAGCUCAUGACAGCCUCUAUGUGGCAGGUGCUGAAGAAACAAGAUGUCAUGAACUACUGGAACGUGGCAGAGUUUGUCUCUUUGGUAAUUGACAUGGUCCCAGAGCUGCUGAUGUCCAAGCACAGGACACAACUGAACCUGGGAUUAAGAGCUAGGUAUAUCCUUGAGUUGUGCCGACGUGAACAGUUUGUGGAACCUGACUUCAUCUUAUCUCACCUGGACAAGAUUAAAUCACAGCACCCCAUCCAGCUGAAAGAAUCAGAAGAAGAGGAAGUAGCAGUUAACUUUCUUGAGUUGAUCCAGACUCUGCUCAAAGAUCCUGAAGAGAGACGAGACUUUUUCUUGGAGGUCUUCCCUUCAGAGUAUGGACCACAGUAUGACAGCGAUUUGCAGACACUGUUUUGGGAGUUUCUCUGUCGACUGGCUCAGCUGUUGCCAGUUCCUGACCUCAAACAGACUGUCUCCUGGCUUGGAGUUGAAUGCUCUGUUUUGGAGGAUUGCAUGCAUUCAGUCUCUGAGCCUGCAGACCUGAAAAAUUUACUCCAGCACCACAAACAUGUAGGGCAUUUAAAGCAACAUGUUCCACCUUGUAGCAUGGGCAACAGCAUCCUUUCCUCCCUCUCUGCAGUUACUCCUAGCAGAGUGGCAAUAACUACAGAACAACCCAUCGAAUCAUGCCAACUGCAAGGUCUCAGUAAUGAAACACACACUGUAUCAAUUGUGGACGAUGUAGCAGAUGAAAUAAUCACUGUGACGGAUUAUGCUGAGGUUGAAUUAGGCGCAAGCACCGACAUCGAGGUGGUAAUGGGAGAACAUGGCUAUGAAGGAACAGACAGUAGCACAGUAGGUGAUGAUUCGCUGCUAGUGCUUCCUGAUGAGACAACCAGGGAAGAGGAAGUUGGUGAAGCAGUAGGGGAAGCAACACAAGAAAAGGUUCAAAAUGAAUUGACAAACAUCGUCCAUCCAGAAGCUAGCAAGGACAACCCAGCUUUCUCCCAACACAAAUUCUCUGUGGGCCCUCAUGACUGCCCAGACUGCGAGAAGAAAUUUAAGUUUGCCUCUUUACUAAUCGCCCACAGGGUCAUCCACACUGGUGAACGCCCUCACUGCUGCAAUGACUGUGGUCGCUGCUUCUCUUUCAGGCAGUCCCUCGACAGGCACAAACACACACACAAAACUGGACGCAAAUAUGACUGCGUCAUCUGCGGCAAGACCUUCCACUCCUUGUCAGCCCGCACAGAGCACAAGCAAAAACACAUGGAGGACGGUGUUUACACAUGCCAGCGGUGCAGCAGGAAAUUCACCUGGGAGCUGGCACUUGCAAAGCAUUUAAAAACUCACACUGAUGAUCACACCGCUAACAAGCCCACAGAGAGUCGUACGGAUGGGCAAAAGGUUGUAAGUAAUGAAUAUGUCUGUGAGGAUCCUGUUGAACAUGCUGAGCCUGACUGCCAGGUGCAAGCAGAUGAUAAUGGUGAUCAGGAUCCAGAGAAUGCAGAAGUUCAGAGCAGUGAGUGUCCCACCUGUGAGUCUGGAAGCCUGGUCCCUGAACUUGAUAAUCAAGCCACCUCCCUUGUGAAAGUCCGCACAAGUGGCCGCAAACGCAAACCGACCAUGAAGAUUCAGGUGAUAAAUUUACAGAAGCGCAUGACUGCUAAGAGAAGGAAGAUCACUGAGGUCACCGCUCGAGCCCUGAGGCCUUUGCCUUUCAGUUGUGCAGAGCACUCUUAUGGGUCACCCAUGGUCUCAUCAAAGGACGGUGAUGAAAGUUUUGUAGCAGAUGACUCAUCAGCUGCUUUCUCCUGUCCGAAGUGCUCCUUCCACCAUUCAGAAGAAGUGCAGGUCCAGCAGCACAUUGACAGUGUUCACUGUGUUGAGGCUGAGGAGGAAAAGCGAUCCCUUCAGCCUCUCACAGAUGAAGAAGGACGUUUUAGUUGUCCGGAAUGUGAGAAGAGCUUCAAGUUCCAGUCUUUACUAAAAGCCCAUCAGCGCAUCCACACAGGCGAGCAACCCUUCCUAUGUUCUCAAUGUGGACGAUGUUUCUCUUUCAAACAGUCACUGGAGAGGCACAAGCAGACACACAAGUCUGGACGCAAGUAUGGGUGCCUGAUCUGUGGGGAGAUCUUCAAGUCAUUGGUAGCUCAGAGGGAGCACAAGAGCACCCACAUGGAGAAUGGCGAAUACCUGUGUUCAGAGUGUGGCCGGGCGUUUGCCUGGAAGUCAGCACUGGUGAGGCAUCUGAAGACCCACAGCGGAGAUGCUGACAAGGUGGAGCGUUCUUACAAAUGCCCUCGCUGUGACCUGGGCUUCAGCUGUGCCAGCUACCUCAACAGGCACCUCCAGACUCACCAGGAAGAAAGAGUCCACACCUGCAACUGCGGAAAGAGCUUUGCCUACCGAGCAGCUCUGACUGCACACCAACGCAUCCAUCAGAAGGAGCGGCCGCACACAUGUUCACAGUGCGGCAAGGGAUUCCUCUAUAAGGGUGGUUUGCUGAGCCACAUGAAGAUCCACUCAGAGGAAAUGCCCUUCAUGUGUUCUUUCUGUGGCAAGAGCUUCAAGAGGGAACGCAGUAUGAAGAAGCAUGAGCGCUGCCACACCAGGGAAGAUGUUUUCAGCUGCUCACAAUGCGACAAGAGUUUUGUCUACAAGGCGACUUUGAUCAGACACGAGCUGACUCAUUCAGGCGAGAGGCCGUACCUCUGCUCUGACUGUGGGAAGGGUUUCUUUUCCCACGCCGAGCUUCUGAAGCACGAGCGUUUCCACACGGGCCACAAGCCCUUCCAGUGCCCCCACUGUGGCAAGAAAUUCACUCAGUCUUGCUACCUGACCAUCCACCUGCGCUACCACACUGGAGUCCGGCCCUACUCCUGCACUGAGUGUGACAAGAGCUUCCUAAGUGCCAACCGCCUUAAAAGACACCAACGAACACAUUCAGGGGAAAAACCAUACCUCUGUGUAGAAUGUGGGAAGGGAUUCAGGCAGUCAUACAAUCUCAAAAUGCAUCAAAGAAGACAUAUCAUGAAGUUAACAUAGUUUGGUAAGACUUGACUUAUUGAUCGGGAGAUUAAUAUUUUGGAAAUUUAAAUUGUAUGCAAUUAUAGUUUGUAGUUUAGAAUAGGACAAAAGUAAUUGUAGAAGCAUUAUUGUGGCUCUCCUAUGUAACUGCUGUGAGCUGCAUCUAAUAUAGGAACUUGUGCUAGCAAGAACAGGUUCUUGUUGAAUGUCCACUUUUUCCAUUAUACUGAUUGCAUUUCAUUUCAUGGUUGUGUUGCAAUUAAAGCACACUGAGCAGAGGAA